UUAUGCUCAGUCAAAUUCUUUUCCCUUACCUUUGUAUAUGCUUAUUCUUUGUCACCUUCACUUCUUUCGCUUUCAUAUACUCAUGAAAACAACCAUCAAACAAGGCGACAUUUGGGUUUUUAUUGUUUCUUAUUUGUUGCGGUCUCAUCACCCGACUGAAGCACAUUGACUUGUAUCAAGACAUGGCAGAAGAAGAGUCCAGCUCUCUGCAGUAUUCACCAACCUGGGUGGUUGCUUCUGUCUGUUUUCUCAUUGUCCUCAUAUCUCUUAUUGCUGAACGAGGUCUUCAUCGCCUUGGAAAGUUUUUGAAGCAUAACAAACAAGAUGCACUAUUUGAAGCUUUACAAAAAUUAAAAGAAGAGUUGAUGCUCUUAGGAUUCAUCUCCCUUCUAUUAACAGUCUCUCAAGGUCUAGUAAGUCGAAUGUGCAUCCCAGAUGACUUGGUAUCCAAUAUGCUUCCAUGCAAGAGGGACAGUGAAAAAAAAGGCCAUGAAGAAUAUUCUCCUCAACUUAUAAACAAUAGACGGCGCCUGUUUUCCACAGAAAGUAGCUCAGGGCAAUGUUCGCAUGAGGGUCAGGUCCCCUUAUUGUCAUUGGAAGCAUUGCAUCAGCUGCACAUUUUCAUCUUUGUAUUGGCAGUUGUUCACGUGAUAUUCUGCGUCACUACAAUGGUUCUUGGAGGAGCAAGGAUACGUGAAUGGAAGAAAUGGGAAAAAUGGGUUUCUGAAGGUAGAAGAGAGGAAACCCAUCGUCACCGUAAGUUAUUUCAACAACAUGCACAAGGAUUUUGGAGAAAGGCAGCAGUUGUGAGCUGGACAAUCUCAUUUUUCAAACAGUUUUAUGGCUCUGUUACCAUGUCAGACUACAUAGCACUUCGAGAAGGCUUCAUCAUGGCCCAAUGCCCUGGACAUAGUAAAUUCAAUUUUCACAAGUACAUGAUGCGAACACUUGAAGUGGACUUCAAAAAGGUUGUUGGCAUAAGCUGGUACCUGUGGCUAUUUGUGGUGGUGUUUUUGCUCUUGAAUGUGAAAGGAUGGCAUACGUAUUUCUGGUUAUCGUUUCUCCCAGUAGUUUUAAACGAAAUUGUACAGCUUCUACUUCUAGUGGGUGCCAAGUUAGAGCACAUAAUCAUUCGCUUAGCUCAGGAUGUAAUUGAGAAGAGGGAACGGGGCGAAGGAGCCCAAGUUAAACCUUCUGAUGAACAUUUUUGGUUUGGUAGGCCUGGCAUCGUUCUUCACUUGAUUCACUUUAUUCUGUUUCAGAAUUCCUUUGAGCUUGCAUUCUUCUUCUGGAUCUUGUGCACAUAUGGUUUCCGUUCAUGCAUCAUGGAAAAAGUGGGCUAUAUCAUCCCUAGGCUUAUAAUGGGUGUAAUGGUUCAAGUUCUCUGCAGUUACAUCACCUUGCCUCUGUAUGCUCUUGUCACACAGAUGGGCAGCAAAUUCAAGGAAGGCAUGUUUGAUGACUUUGUAGUAGAAUCUUUGGGGAAAUGGAGGCAGGGACAUAGAGGUGAGACAAGCAUGGGGGGCUCCUCUAGUGCACAUGUUGGACAGGUUCAUAGGAUCACCAAAGAAUCAUGUCAAAGCAUACAAAUUGAAGAGAAACAAACGAUGAAUAUCGAAGAAAAUAUAAAAUCAAUAACUGAGCUGUCGGUGAGUGGACAAAACCCAUAAACUAUCAACUUAAGUUCCUCGCAGCGGUGUUUUUCGGCAGUUGAUUUGGCCUAGGCGUAGCGAGUUCUACGUUGUUGGCACCAUUUCCAAAAAUGAUGCCAAAUAGGACACUGUAAAAUGCAACAAAUAGCUGUUGUAAGUGCAGCAAACCGAACAAGAAUAAUACAAACAAGAAGCCGAAGAAACUGAUAAUUCUUUAUUGAAUUCUCUCA